UCCUUUUGGCUCUCGGGUUUGACCAAUGCAACAUAUAAUUUCGUUUCUACAACAUUUUCUUUUCUGUAAUGUGUAUAGGAAAAAGAGACAUGUUGGGGUCUGAUCUGAUCUAAAGCUUGCACCAUUCUCUAACUUUUCCUUUUGUCAUUGUCUUUCUUAUGUGUUACAUACUCAUUUUACAAUUUAUACAUUUUUUGUACUCAUCCAUCUCCCAUAUGAAAGAUAUUGAUCAAAUUCUUUCCUUUUAUGUAUGUAGUCACAAAAAGCCCAACUAGUUUAUGAAGCACACGGUUGGCCCAGCUUCAUUUAGGGUUUCUGUGCAUUCGUCCUUCAACCGCAGUCAAUCAGAGGAACCGAAGAAAGGUUGCAAAUUGAAACAAUGACGAAGACGAUGAUCUCUAAUCUUCCAAGGGAUUUGGUAGAGGAGAUUCUCUCUAGGGUUCCUUUGAAAUCUAUGAGAAAAGUACGAUUAACUUGCAAAAAGUGGAACGAUUUAUCCAAAAGUCAGAGCUUUAGGAAGAUGCAUAUUGGUCAAGCCGCAGCAAAGGAAGGUGAGUUUCAGAUGAUCAUGUUGAUGGGUUACAAUCUUUAUUUAACGAGCAUCGUUCUUAAUGGAGAUCCAUCUAUAGAGCAUAAAGGCAAACUUACUUGCCUUGACAAACAAGUCAAGAUAUCUCAGCUCUAUCACUGCGAGGGUUUAUUGCUAUGCAUAUUGAAAGAAGAUUCUAGGUUUGUGGUUCAGAAUCCAUUUUUGGGGCAAACAAGGUGGAUCGAACCAAGAUAUUCCCAUCGUCCAAACGGAUGGGAUAGGUUUAUUUACGCUCUCGGAUACGUGAAUAAGGAAUCUUGUCGUAGCUACAAGUUUUUGAGGUUUAUAGAUUAUUACUACAAGGCACCCGAAAAGCAGUUCUUUUGGUAUGAAAUCUACGAUUUUGACUCUGAUUUAUGGACGACUCUUGAUGUCACUCCACAUUGGCGUAUAGCAUUUUGUAACCCUGGCGUGUCUCUUAAGGGAAACACUUACUUUUGUGCUGCUGAAAGGAACGUAGAUGUAGAUGAAGUCUUGGCCAAUAGCUUAAUCUGUUUCGAUUUUACAAGUGAGAGAUUUGGUCCGCUUCUGCCUCUGCCGUUUAGUGGUGGGCAUCAUGAUUAUACGACUUUGUCUUGUGUUAGAGAAGAGAAGCUUGCGGUUAUACUUCAGCACGAUGAAUCAAAUCCAUAUGAGCUUGACUUGUGGAUUACGACUAAGAUUGAGACUGAAGAGGUGUUGUGGAGCAAGUUCUUGAGAGUGGCAACAGCUGGAUUUGAUAGUUAUGUUCCAUUUAUAAGUGGAAGUUUCUUCAUUGACGAGGAGAAGAAAGUCGCCUUUGGUUUUGAUGACCGUAAUCGCCACAGAGUUAUUGUCAUUGGGGAGGCUGGAUACUUGAGGGCAUUGGAUCUCGUUGGAGAUUUUGGAGACCAAAGAUGUACGCCAGAUCUGUCGUCUUAUGUUCCAAGUUUAGUGCAAAUCAAGCAACCUGAAGGACGGGAAAGGAAACAAGAAAGCGAUUUGGAAAAGUCUCGAUAUGAUGAAAACAUGUCGAGACUUAAUUCGCUUUAACGCAGGAGGAGGGAGGCAAAAUGAGAACGAGUAGAUUAAGACUCUAAUUUUCAAAGCCUUAAAUUCAUUGUUCAUUCUUAUAUUUCUCGACUAAUAAUGAAGUUUUUCUUCUCGAACUUGGCUUAAGGUGCCUUAAAAUGCAACAAGAUUCG